AUGACAAAGCGGCUGAAAAAGACCACCCUGAGCCAUAAAAGUAAUUAAAGGUAUCUUUCUUUCUGUUUUGAACAUAUUAGGAAAGAUUAUUGAGAGCUCGGCCGUGUACAGCUUAUGAUUGAAGUGCUGAUUUCACAAUGCAAACUCGUCGUUCGAUUCUGAGUGCUUUUGCCGGAACAUUAUAAAGAACCCCAGGAUUCACAUAAGAAUUUUUUCUAGAUAAGGUAGGUUAUGAAAAUUAUUUACUUAUCCAUUCGCUUUUCACUAAAAACUAUUUUCGCUACUGAGGAGGAACACCAUACUUUUUAAUGUUUGUAUGGAUUAAACAAAAAUCUAGGAAGAAGUGAUAAAUAGGGAAUAAUACAAGGGCGCGCGUAGAUAUGGAAUUUCUCUUCGAGUGUUCAACUCGAUAACUCACAAGUGAGCGCAGCGAACGAGUGAGAUGUCGAGUUGAACGCGAGAAGAGAAAUUCCAUAUCUACAAGCAACCAUGUAUUAUUUUUUUUAUCAUAUAAACACAAUAGCCCUUUACUGACAAGAAAAGCCGACUUCAUUAAUGAAUGAAAAUAAAUUAAUCGACAAUCCCCAAAUAACAAUCGUAAAGUGCGUUAGCGCUAACUCUUAAGAUGGAAAAAUGCGUUGAAUCGUGAUUACAAAAACAACAAUGGUCGUAAUUGUUAAUUUACCAAAUUCUAAUUUAUUGACUUUGUCCUUACCGACAGAAGUUUUUUAGGUAAACGGCCAAAAUCAGCUAGUGGCAAAUCUUCCAGUUGUCGAUUUUCACUCUCAGCCGAAAGAAAUGCCAACACCAAAGCCACUGAGUACGUUACUUUCGGUUUUUCUUUAGUAUAUUGGUUUUCUUCCCCUUCUGGGAAAGUUUGAAUCUCGCUGUCUGUCAGCAAUACGGAAUUUUUAGUGCUUUAGCCGCCAUAAUUCGAAAAACCUCCGACAAUCAACUUGUAUUGAGAAUCGUGAAAACUUUGCCGUUUGUCGGUCAUCAACCUGACCGAGUGGUGCCAAAGGCGAGUGACGUCAGCAGCUGAUUGGCUAUAUCAACACACGUGAAAAAAUACGAUAUUUUUUCACGUGUGUUGUUACGGCUUUUCUCAGGGCCGGAAAUCCCUGUAUAACACCGCAGUUUAUGUGAUAAAAAGAUAUAGCUUCUGAAAUACAAUGCUAUUCUGUGACAAUUACAUCUAAAAUGCUAGGACUCAGUGAAGGCCAUGUUUAACCCAUCUGAUACGUUUUAGUUGUUAUUUGUUAAUGUAAAGAUAUUUUCAAAAUACGUUGUCUUCUUCCCUUAAAUGCAACAAUGGAGAUGCGUUCAAAUAAUAUAUUGAUAACAAGAUUUAGCUGGAGAGCAUACAUGGGCUGCCUAAAAUUUAUGUUGAUUUUAAUUUUAUGCACGACUCGAAACUAGUAUGAAAGAUUGGUAGGCGACGCGCCUCAAACAUACAUGAGGACCGACCUGAAAACGCAUGCUUGAUUGCAAACUGCAUUUUAAGUUCGUAAUUGUAAAAAAAAUUGAGCUUUUCUAGACAGCCUGAAGUACUGGAAAGAAAAUCAGUUGUUUAUUCACUUAUUCAUUCAUUAUGCUUUUUCAAGUAGAAAAGAUGUCAAACCUAGAGCUACCAAGUCGAAGCUUAGCUGUUGUUAUAAUUGAGGCAAGCAUAUGCGUUGCUCUCAACAUUACGAGCCUCAUUGGAAACAGUCUGGUUUGUAUAGCAGCUUACAGAAACCUUAAACUGCGAUCCACUACCAACCUGUACAUCGUUGCCUUAGCAGUCAGUGACCUGUUAGUUGCAACCAUCGAAAUACCGUUAGCUUCUUCAACGCUGAUCGUUGGAAAAUGGGACUUUGGCAACGCGUUAUGCCAAAUUCAGGGCUUUGUUGCUGAAUUCGCCUAUUACGUGACCCCAGCCACCCUUAGUUUGACAGCGUUUAACCGUUACGUGAAAAUUGUGAAGACGAACUACUACAAUAAGAUUUUUUCACCCCGAAGAUCUAAGAUAUGGCUGAGUUGCUUGUGGCUUUUCCUUGCACUAUACCUGCUGAUUGUCCGAGUCACAAAUUGGAUCACAAUUAAUUUCGUUCAAAGCUUUGCAUUGUGCGCCUUUUCUUAUCCAAGUGAUGAAAGUCAAAUCGUUCAUUACUGUCUGACUGUCGGAUUGUUUUUUGUUGUACCGUUGUGCAUCGGUACUUUUAGUUACUAUAAGAUAUUUCUCAAAAUCAAUGAGCAUCAACAGAAUGUAUUCAGUUCGUUACAAAACAGAAAUAACAAUGAUGCAUUAAAGAACUCAGUGAGAGAAAUCAAUCUUACUCGAAUGCUGUUCAUCGUGGCCGUGGGAUUUUUGUGUUCCUGGAUACCAAUGUGGGCAAUAGUCCUCUGGUUUCGUUUUUCCCCUGAAACCUGCCCAAGAAUUGCAGCUUUGGUUAAAAUUUUUAUCUUUUUUCUUAGCGCUUCAGUAAAUCCCAUUAUUUACACUUUCACCAAUGGCGUGUUCCGGAAGGAAUUUCGAAAAUUGCUCUGUUGCUACCGUGAAAGGGUAAGAAUGGUGCCAAUCGGUAACUAA